AUGAACUUCGAGUUGCUCCUUGACGUGCAGCGGUUUCUCCGGCGGCUGGACGUCUUUAUCGAGGACAAGAUUGCGCCGUUGCAGCGUGAGAACGAUCGGUUCUUCGACUAUCGGAGGAAAACAUCUCGCACCGACUGGAACAACCAUGGCCUCCCGCACCCCGAAUGGGAGUCUUUGCUUCGGCGGGUGCGGAAGCUGGCAGAUGAUGCGGGAGUACGGCGGACCAAGGGGAGCUCACAACCGAAUCUUUAUAUGUGCGCAAUCCGAUACCAUUUGACGGUGAAUCACGGAGGCGGGUUAGGGUUGGCCAACGACCUUCAGAACGAGCACAGCGUGGUGGCCAACGAUCCCAUCACCAUCAUGUUGCAUCAUUACGGCAGCGAGGUCCAACGGUCCACCUUGAUCCCAGCUGCGGCACGGGGUGAAUUCCGCGCGACAUUUGGCCUCACCGAGGUCGACCACGGUUCGGACGCGACCUUCAUAGACACCACGGCAACGCGAGUGUCGUUGGACGACGGACAGCUGGGCUAUGAGAUCACAGGGAACAAGAUGUGGCAGACGGGAUCGUACCACGCGACCAUCUUCUUCAAGGCGGUCCGGGUGCCCGACACGGCCAUCCUUGGCCCCGUGGACGACGGACUCGAAAUUGCCUAG